AUGUGUGAAGAUAAUUUAAAAAUGGUAAUCAGUAAAUCAACUUUGGUAUUAAGAGAAAUUUUAGUAUUGAUAAUAUUACUUGUGUAUGCAGUUAACGGAAAUGAAAAACUUGCAACGCAAUGCGCUAAUCAAGGCGAACAGUGUCACGAAUAUCAACAAGAUCCAUGUUGUGAUAAGAAUUUCAGAUGCAAAACACGUUUGGGGAUGCCUUGCACGGAUAAUGCGCAUUGUGUAAAUUCAAUGAACCAUACGAUAUGUAAUAGUAACAGAAAAUGUGCAUGUGAUUAUGGCUAUUUUCCAAAGACCGAUAACACGUGUGGACGCGCAUUUAACGCUCACUGUUUCCCUGAUGAACCUUGUGCAACAAUUAAUGCUGUUUGCCUUGAUGAGAAAUGCCAAUGUAAAACCAAUUAUGUGUUCCAAAAUGAUAAAUGCGUUCCAAAGCACUUGAAUAAGUCAUGUGAAGUGUCUACUGAUUGUGAUGAAAUAAAAUUCGCUGAAUGUUCAGAAGAAAAAACGUGUCGUUGUAAAGAUCAAUACUUUGCUUUUAACGAAACAAAUUGUGCUUCAAGUAUAGGUAGGCAAUGCUUCACCGAUAAAGAUUGUGGUAUCAAACAUUCCAAUUGUUGGUUCGGUCAAUGCUUGUGUCAACUUGGUUACAUUGCUAUUUCAGAUGAACAAUGUAUACCUAUCGAACUCAACAGAUUUUGUGUCAAUGAUAAUGAAUGUGAACUAAUUACUAAUGCAGAAUGUUCAGAAGAUAAUCGAUGUGUCUGUAAAAAAAAUUAUGUUAAAACAGAUGUCUCAGAGUGUUCACCAUUGCUUAAUGAACGUUGCACAAAUAGCAAACAAUGUGUUACAGAUAAUUCUAUUUGUAUUUAUAAUAAAUGUCAAUGUUAUUUAGAAAUAAAGUGUGCUCGAGAUGAAGAUUGUAGUGAGAUACCUUUCGCAAAGUGUUCAAAUGCCAAUAAAUGUAUUUGUUAUUCAAAUUAUGUACAAUUGAAUGCAAUGACAUGCGCACCAUUAUUAGGAGGAUUUUGUACUAACGACGUAGAGUGUAAAACUAAUAAUUCAACAUGUUUUGAUAAUGAAUGUGUUUGUACCAAUGGUUAUUCGCCACGUUCAGCAGAUGAAUGUGUACCGAUUUUUUUAGGGCAAUAUUGCAGAUAUAAUAAAGAUUGUGAUAAAAUAUCAAAUGCAGAAUGUUCAGAUGACAAUGAAUGCGUUUGUAAAUUUGGUUAUUCAAAAUUCGAUAGUGUUGUAUGUUUACCGCUUAUUGGAGGUCAAUGUAAUGAGCACAAAGAAUGUCUUGUCUAUAAUUCCAAUUGUGAAAAUAACAUAUGCCAAUGUUUAGAAAAUUACGCACCCCAAUCUAAUCAAAAGUGUCUAUCAACUCAAUUGAAUCAAAUCUGUUAUAGUGAUAAUGACUGUUACGAUAUAGCAAAUACGCAUUGCUCGAGAUACAAUUUAUGUGUUUGUAAUUCAAAUUAUCUUGCAAUAAAUGGAAAUGCGUGUGCACCACAGUUAAAUAUUCCCUGUACAGAAAUAACUACCUGUGCGACAAACAAUUCAACUUGUAUUGAUAAUAAAUGUCAAUGUAAACCUAAAUACGUCAGUAAUGAUUAUAACAAUUGUGUGCCAACACAUUUGGGAGAAUUUUGUUAUGGAAAUGAAGAUUGCAUUAAAAUUAGGAAUUCUAAAUGUAUUGAUGGAAAGUGUAUUUGUAAGAAAAAUCAUAUUGCUUUAAACAAUAAAAAGUGUGGGACAUUUUUAAACAAUUAUUGUACAAUCGACGCCGAUUGUAUAAUUGCGAAUUCGAUUUGUGUUUCGAAUAAUUGUCAAUGUAAAUUUGGCUAUUCAGCGAUAUUCAAUCAUACAUGUAAACCGAGUAUGUAA